CUGUCGUCUUCACACACCGCUACUCAAUUCAGACAAACUCCAUAGCUAAUCUAGAGAGAGAGAGAAAAGAUGUCGAAAGAAGUGAGCGAAGAGGGACAAGCAACACACAGCCAUGGAAAAGACUACGUGGAUCCUCCACCAGCUCCCCUUCUCGACAUGGGAGAGCUCAAGUCUUGGUCUUUCUACAGAGCUCUCAUCGCCGAGUUCAUCGCCACCCUCCUCUUCCUCUACGUCACCAUAGCCACCGUCAUCGGCCACAAGAAACAAACCGGUCCUUGUGACGGCGUUGGUUUACUCGGUAUCGCUUGGGCCUUCGGUGGUAUGAUCUUCGUCCUCGUCUACUGCACCGCCGGCAUCUCUGGUGGUCACAUUAACCCAGCUGUGACUUUUGGUCUGUUCUUGGCACGUAAGGUGUCUUUGGUGAGAGCUGUUGGUUACAUGAUAGCCCAGUGUCUUGGAGCCAUUUGUGGUGUGGGUUUCGUGAAAGCUUUCAUGAAGACUCCUUACAACACUCUCGGUGGCGGAGCUAACACUGUCGCCCCUGGUUACAGUACAGGAACUGCCCUCGGAGCUGAGAUCAUCGGAACUUUCGUCCUCGUUUACACCGUCUUCUCUGCUACCGACCCUAAGAGAAGCGCUCGUGACUCUCACAUCCCCGUUUUGGCUCCACUUCCAAUUGGAUUUGCUGUGUUCAUGGUGCAUUUGGCAACCAUCCCCAUCACUGGAACUGGAAUUAACCCAGCGAGAAGCUUUGGUGCUGCUGUUAUCUACAACAACGAGAAGGCAUGGGAUGACCAUUGGAUCUUCUGGGUUGGGCCAUUCGUUGGAGCUUUAGCAGCAGCAGCUUACCAUCAAUACAUUUUGAGAGCUGCAGCAGUUAAGGCCUUGGCCUCGUUCCGAAGCAGUGCAACCAACUGAUGAAUGGUGAAGAAAAAAGCUUAAGAUCGUUAUGCUUUUUAUUUUUAUUUGUUGCUUAAUUUGUGUGGUUAAUGAGAGAGAGCUUAAGUUGGUGGAUUGAUGAUUAAUGUUAAUUAUGAAAUGGGUGUAUGAAUUUUUCUUUCUUUCUUUUUCUACCCACUUUGUUAGCUUUUUCAAGAUCUAGUUUAGUUUGGUGUGACUUGUGAAUCAUUUUCCUUUCUUAGUUAUUAUCAUUUUCUCUCUA